UCCGACCCACACUCCGGAGCAGAAGGCGGCGGUACUGCACCAUUCAGCUGGAUGCCAACCACCGUAAUACAUGCAGAAGAAGAAGACGAGCCUGAAGACAGCACAAGGGGGCAGAAACGACCACAAACACUGCUAUUAAUUGCUCUCUGUGCUGUUUUUGUGUUAAAAUGUCCACAAUUCAAACAAUAAAAGCUUUCGUCAACCAGCGGCUGACUGCAGCUGUGGAGGAAAUCUUCGAGCUCCUAGAAACUACAAUCUCAAACUACGAAGAAGAGAUCGAUCGUCAGCGCAGACUGCUGGAGGAUGUUUCCCAGCCUGAUAACUACACAUUCAAAGCAGCUUCACCCUCAAAGCUCCCAAAACAGAUCAGGAAUAAAGACAAUCAGCAUGAGGAGAGAGACUGUCCAAACCAUGAGGACUCAGAGCCUCCAUACACAAAAGAGGAAGAGGAGGAACAGUGGAGCAGUCAGGAGGGAGAGCAGCUUUCAGAACAAGAGGAAGAUGAUUCCACCAAGUUCACCUUAAAUGCUGACUCUGAUGAUGAGGAGGAGAAACCUCAGACUUUACAGCUCCGUCAAAGACAGACUGAGCGCAGCAGAGAGGCAGAGCAUCCAGCCAGCAGCAGAAAUUUCAUCAGGGAGAAAAAAUACAGCUGUGCCACAUGUGAUAAAAGUUAUACUCAGAAGAAAGCACUGGUCAUACAUCUGAGAAGUCAUACAGGAGAGAGACCAUACAGCUGCCCCACGUGUGAGAGACGUUUCAGUCAGAGGAAGACAUUAGUCGUCCAUUUGAGAAGUCACACAGGAGAGAGACCCUUCAGCUGUCCGUUCUGUGAGAAAAGUUUCAGUGUGAAUGGGACUUUAACGAGACACCUCAGAGUUCAUACAGGGGAGAAACCAUACGGCUGCAGUGUUUGUGGAAGGAGUUUUAGUUUGUUGACACGACUUAAAAGCCAUAAGUGUGCUGGUGCGAGCAGUAACAAGUGAAGUGGUCUGCAGUGGAAUUUUAGUCUGUAUAUUUGAGAAAAAAAAGUUCAGAUUACAGAUAAAGCUGAGUUUAAUCAUUUUAAGAGGCUGGGUUGGCACAAGUGGGUUGGGUCAGCGACCAGAGAUACAAUCAAUUCCUGUUUGGGUUUAAACUGAUUUAUGAUACCACUUCUUAAAACCAGUAACUUUGGACAUUUCCACAGUUCUGUUGAAAUCCUUGAUUUGGGUUCCAAGUUUUUUAACUCAAAAUUAGGAUUAAAAAAAAAAUCUGUCAUUUCA